AGAUGACUAAUUUACGAUAUCUUUUUUUUAUGGUAGAGUUUUAUUCAUAUUACAGAAAUAGUGUUUUUGUCAUAUAUUUGAAGAUUAGAAAUCUGCAAAGCCCAGCUUAGUUCACCCAAAAGUCAGCUAGAAAAAGACCAAUGAAAUUGUAUGUUAAUGCCACUAAAUUAUAGAAUAAGCUUUUUGCUGUUUUCCUUAAUGAUGUAUUCAUUAAACAUCGUAGCAAUUUCGACUAAUAAAAGUGUGAUAGUAGGAGUUGCAUGUGAAAACCAAAUAUUUUUGGCGAACUGUCAUUCCGACCACGUUAUACACAUUGUAAAUGCAGUGUUUGGUCGUUUUAGCCUAACACCAUGUGGAUCUGAUCUAGAGGAAGAAAACAAUAUAUUAGCAAUUGACCAAAUGGAUUUACAAUGCAGUGCUUCCAAUUCUACUGAUUUUGUCAAGAAAAGAUGCGAUAAUCGACACGAAUGUAUGCUAGAAGCCUCAAUUCAAAAUUUUGGAGAUCCUUGUAUUGGUACUCCAAAAUAUCUUGAAAUUCAAUAUUACUGUGAUAUAAAAAGAACUACAAUGAUAAGUUCAAAUAUAGAAGACGAGUAUGAAGAAAGCGGGAAUAUUAAUAUAAAUAUGUUUACCAAUAGCUUAGAUUAUAAAAUAGCCAACAUUAGCAACAUGAAUACUCACAUAACUAAUUUAUAUGAAAAUCGAACUAUAACAUUGUUUUCUACCAAAUCAUAUAAAGAUUUAUAUAAGCUGCAACCUAUCUUAUUACAAAAUAAAUCAAUGGCGAUAUCUGAUAUAAGUUUUUCACAAACCACAUAUAUUCAAAACACAACGCUCAAACAAAAUAAGUCAUCCAAAUCUAGUCAUCAUAGUGUGAACUGUGCUUCAAAAUAUGUUAGAGAUAUUUUAUGGCCACAAACGGAAGUGGGAAUGAGUAUACAACAAAAAUGUCCAUUCAAUGCUUAUGGUUUUGCACAUUGGUUUUGUGGAAGUAAAGGAAAUUGGUUUCCAGAAAAUCCUGAUUUAAGUGAAUGCAGCUCUCAAUGGAGCCUCGAUUUGGAAAAUGAAUAUCUAUCAAGGAAAACAUUAUCAACUGAUCUAGCCUCUAAAAUAUCAGUGUUAUCGCACAACAAAAUUGAAAUUUUAGGUGGAGAUCUUAAAAGAUUAAUUAAACUAAUUGGUCAUUUGUCAAACGAUCAAAUGCAAAAAUAUCAAUAUGUUGAAGCCAAUAUUCUUUUUCAAUACAGAAAUGAUAGCAAAACUAUUGCUAAGGAUUUACUAAACUCUAGCAAUGUUAUUCUGUCAUCCGCUUACCUGAGUACAUGGACCGAUUUACCUUAUUAUGAAAGAAAAAGUUCUGCUACCAUUCUUUUGCGUAAUAUUGAAAAUAUAGGUCAUCUAUUAGGGUCACUUGUUACAAAUAAUAGUAAAUCUCCUAACGUACAACAAAAUCUCGUUUAUUAUUCAUUUGAAAAUAUAGUCAUGAAAACCAUAGAUGAAACCAUGUUAUAUGAUCGAAAACUCGGAGUAUUCAAAAAUAUAACAUUUCAGCCCUUUUCAAAAUUAUAUCACAAUGAAAUAAAUGAAGGUAUAAGUUUUACAGAAAAUGCCCUUCACAUUAUAAAUAGAUCACAAAAAGAAUAUUUUACAUUGACCCUUUUAAAUGGUAACAUCAUAAAUAUCUUGAAUGAAAAUACACCACAAUAUGAAACAAAUUCUAACUUUAACCAACCUCGGUUGGCUUCAAAAAUUAUAUCGAUCAUUAAAUCACUUCCAAAACAUCUCACCCAGGCAAAUGCCUAUAACGCUACGAAACCACUCAUGUAUAUGACAUUUCCUCUCGCAAAUUUUUUUUACAAUGACAAAUUUAAUCCAAAUUUUAAUACCAUAAACUCCUAUCAAUUCAAACCCCAUUGCAUGUUUCUCGAAUACAAUAACAACGAUUUUCAAGGGAAUUGGUCUUCGAAAGGAUGUUGGCUUGUAGAAUACAAUAAGAUUUAUGUAAAAUGUGCCUGUGAUCAUUUGACUAAUUUUGCAGUGUUGUUAGAUAUAGUUGGAAUAGAGGUUCCAUUAAAACAUGAAAUCAUGUUAGUGAUAAUAACCCAAAUUGGAUGUAUUGUAUCAAUAUUGUGCUUAUUAAUGUGCAUCGUUACAUUUCAAUAUUUUAAAAAAAUUUUAAAUGAACGUAUGAAUAUUCACAAACAUUUAUGUGUUUGUCUGUUGGUUGCCGAAAUCAUAUUUGUAUUUGGGAUAAGAGCUACAUCCAACAAAAUUGGGUGCUCAAUUAUAGCUGGGUUUUUGCAUUAUUUUUUCUUGUCGGCAUUUAUGUGGAUGCUUUUAGAAGGAGUUCAGCUAUAUACAAUGUUGGUGGAGGUUUUUGAAUCGGAAAAAUCUAAAACGAGAUAUUAUGUGAUCAUUGCAUAUGGUAUUCCCUUUAUUAUAGUUUUGAUCUCAGUGUUUAUAAAUCCUCAUGGCUAUGGCACAAAGAAAUAUUGUUGGUUAACGGUUCAAAAUUUUUUCAUUUUUAGUUUUGUCGGACCAAUUGUUAUGAUUUUAGUUGCAAACUUUAUAUUUUUGGGCAUCGCUUUAUACAUUAUGGGUCAACACUAUAGUAGAAUGCCUAAUCACAUUGACAAAACUAAGCUUAAUAUAAUAAAGACGUGGUUUAAAGGCGCUUUGAUAUUAAUCUUUCUUAUGGGAUUGACUUGGAUUUUUGGACUAUUUUUUCUUAAUAAAGAAACCCUUUUUGCCGCGUACAUUUUUACUAUCCUAAAUUCAUUCCAAGGGCUAUUCAUAUUUUUGUUUCACUGCCUCUUUAACGAAAAAAUAAUGAAGGAAUAUCAAAGAAUAAUUUUUAAAACUCCAUACAUUCCUAAUUGCUUCAAAAUUUAUUUUAAUCAUGCAAAAUCUGUCUCAAAUUCUACCAGUGCUAAUCAUUAUCCUAGCAACGCGUCAUUCAAUAAAAAUACUGAUGGAUGCUUGAAAAAAAACUCUAAGCAUUUAAAAAACAUGGAUAUUGCCACUUACAAAGAAAAUGAAAACACUAUCAAAAAAUUUUUUCGUUUACUAAAAGAAAAGAAUUAUAAUCAUGAUAGCUCAAUAGCUGACACUAUUUUAUGCCCUUUAUCAGAUAUAGAAUAUGAACAAAACCCAAUUAAUAUUAGACUUAGUGAUGCGUCAGAAAUAGGGAUAAGUCCUACAGAGAAUGAUUUGCCACUUUCAUCUUCAUUUUUGUGUUUAGGCAAUUUUGGCAAGGCCAUAAAAAUUUCGACAUCGUUAUAUGGUCAUCACGAUUACUUAACAAGACCUAAUCAUGAUAUUGAAAAAUCUGACUCCAGUUAUAAUCACUUUAUUCUAGAUCACAACAACAAUAAUUUAUAUUCACUGCACCUUGACAACCAAAAUAAAGAAUCUCAAAAUUAUCAAGUCCCAACACUCGCUCAUAAUCCAAUUGCUGAAAUAAAUAAGGAAGAUGCGAUAGAAAAAGACAUAAUUCCUACCAAAAUAUCAUAUACUCCGUCGGAAAUCAAUAAUUUUUCUUUUCCAGUGACAAAUUUGGAUGAUUAUUCACCAACAGAUACGUCCAGCACUUAUAGUGAUCAAAAUGUGGUAUUGAAUUGCGAUAUAUCAUUACGAGGCUCACAAAUGAUUGAUGAUAAUACAUCUUUGAAUAAUAUUCGAAUAUCGAAAAAUAUCAGCGACCAUCAUUUUUUCAACAGCUCAAUAAUAAAAUCUUUAUCUGCGGAUGACACAUUAUUUAAACAUUAUAAAAAUAAGAUAUCAAAUUGGAAAGAUAUAAACGUUUAUUUUUCAUUGAAAGGCAAAACACUUAAGAGUUAUAAUGAUAUUGAAGAUUGUCAUAAGUUUUCUUUUUAAAUAAAUAUAUCUUAUUGUUAAAAUCGCUUAUUUAUUUAGAUAAACAAAAUUUAUGUUACGCAUUUCAAUAACGUUAAGAACUUGUUAAAAUGAAUAUAUUAAACAUUCCACUUUAAUUUUAUAAUAAGAUUAGACUUUUUAAUAUAUUUUCAUUUUUCAGACAAAAUCUAAUCAUUGUAUACUGAUCUUUGCACAUUUUUUAAAUAUUGAUAUAAUGUUUGUACUUUUGUAACUAGUUUAUAUUAAUCUUUAUAUCACUC